GCUUGGGCUGUCUCUGUCUGCCGGCCAGGGUCUCCAGGCGUCCCGGACAGGCCAGUGUGGGCUUGGGGCCCUCCCGGUGAUCCCUCUGGCCUAAGUCCCCUCAGCCACUCUGCCCCAAGAUGGGUCGCGGGGCUGGCCGUGAGUACUCACCUGCCGCCACCACCGCGGAGAAUGGGGGUGGCAAGAAGAAGCAGAAAGAGAAGGAGCUGGAUGAGCUGAAGAAGGAAGUGGCCAUGGAUGACCACAAGCUGUCCUUGGAUGAGCUGGGCCGAAAAUACCAAGUGGACUUGUCCAAGGGCCUCACCAACCAGCGGGCUCAGGACAUACUAGCUCGGGAUGGACCCAACGCCCUUACUCCACCCCCUACCACUCCUGAAUGGGUGAAGUUCUGUCGCCAGCUUUUUGGGGGCUUCUCCAUCCUGCUGUGGAUUGGAGCCAUCCUCUGCUUCCUGGCCUAUGGCAUCCAGGCCGCCAUGGAGGACGAACCAUCCAAUGACAAUCUGUAUCUAGGCGUGGUGCUGGCUGCGGUGGUCAUCGUUACAGGCUGCUUCUCCUACUACCAAGAAGCCAAGAGCUCCAAGAUCAUGGAUUCCUUCAAGAACAUGGUGCCUCAGCAAGCCCUUGUGGUCCGGGAGGGAGAGAAGAUGCAGAUCAACGCUGAGGAGGUGGUGGUCGGAGAUCUGGUGGAGGUGAAGGGUGGAGACCGCGUCCCUGCUGACCUCCGGAUCAUCUCCUCUCAUGGCUGCAAGGUGGACAACUCAUCCCUAACGGGUGAGUCGGAGCCCCAGACUCGCUCACCUGAGUUCACACAUGAGAAUCCCUUGGAGACCCGCAAUAUCUGUUUCUUCUCUACCAACUGUGUGGAAGGCACUGCCAGGGGCAUCGUGAUUGCCACCGGGGACCGGACAGUCAUGGGCCGCAUAGCCACCCUCGCCUCAGGCCUAGAGGUCGGACGGACGCCCAUAGCCAUGGAGAUCGAACACUUCAUCCAGCUCAUCACAGGAGUGGCCGUGUUCCUGGGGGUCUCCUUCUUCGUGCUGUCUCUCAUCCUGGGCUAUAGCUGGCUGGAAGCAGUCAUCUUCCUCAUUGGCAUCAUUGUGGCCAACGUGCCAGAGGGGCUUCUGGCCACGGUCACGGUGUGUCUGACCCUGACUGCCAAACGCAUGGCACGCAAGAACUGCCUGGUAAAAAACCUGGAGGCUGUGGAGACGCUGGGCUCCACAUCCACCAUCUGCUCCGACAAGACAGGCACCCUCACCCAGAACCGCAUGACCGUCGCCCACAUGUGGUUUGACAAUCAGAUCCAUGAAGCUGACACCACCGAAGAUCAGUCUGGGGCCACUUUUGACAAGCGAUCACCCACAUGGACAGCCCUGUCUCGCAUUGCUGGUCUCUGCAAUCGUGCUGUCUUCAAGGCUGGGCAGGAGAACAUUUCUGUAUCCAAGCGGGACACAGCUGGUGACGCCUCUGAGUCAGCGCUGCUCAAGUGCAUCGAGCUCUCCUGUGGCUCAGUGAGGAAGAUGAGGGACAGAAACCCCAAGGUGGCAGAGAUUCCUUUCAACUCUACCAAUAAGUACCAGCUCUCCAUCCAUGAACGAGAGGACAGCCCGCAAAGCCAUGUGCUGGUGAUGAAGGGAGCCCCAGAGCGCAUCCUGGACCGAUGCUCCACCAUCCUGGUGCAGGGCAAGGAGAUCCCUCUCGACAAGGAAAUGCAAGACGCCUUUCAGAAUGCCUACAUGGAGCUGGGAGGCCUCGGCGAACGUGUGCUGGGCUUCUGCCAGCUGAACCUGCCCUCUGGGAAGUUUCCUCGGGGCUUCAAAUUUGACACGGACGAACUGAACUUUCCCACAGAGAAGCUCUGCUUUGUAGGACUCAUGUCUAUGAUUGACCCACCCCGGGCUGCUGUGCCAGAUGCUGUGGGCAAGUGCCGAAGCGCAGGCAUCAAGGUGAUCAUGGUGACUGGGGAUCAUCCUAUCACGGCUAAGGCCAUUGCCAAGGGCGUGGGCAUCAUCUCAGAGGGGAACGAGACGGUGGAGGACAUUGCAGCCAGGCUCAACAUUCCUGUGAGUCAAGUCAAUCCCAGAGAAGCCAAGGCCUGCGUGGUGCAUGGCUCCGACCUCAAGGACAUGACAUCGGAGCAGCUGGAUGAGAUACUCAGGGACCACACGGAGAUUGUCUUUGCACGCACGUCUCCACAGCAGAAGCUUAUCAUUGUGGAGGGAUGUCAGAGGCAGGGAGCCAUCGUGGCAGUGACAGGUGAUGGGGUGAACGACUCCCCGGCGCUGAAGAAGGCAGAUAUUGGCAUUGCCAUGGGCAUCUCUGGCUCAGAUGUCUCAAAGCAGGCAGCCGACAUGAUCCUGCUGGACGACAACUUUGCCUCCAUCGUCACGGGCGUGGAGGAAGGCCGCCUGAUCUUUGACAACCUGAAGAAAUCCAUCGCCUACACCCUGACCAGCAACAUCCCCGAGAUCACCCCCUUCCUGCUGUUCAUCAUCGCCAACAUCCCUCUGCCCCUGGGCACUGUGACCAUCCUCUGCAUCGACCUGGGCACGGACAUGGUUCCUGCUAUCUCCUUGGCCUAUGAGGCAGCCGAAAGUGACAUUAUGAAGCGGCAACCACGAAACCCCCAGACAGACAAGCUGGUGAAUGAGCGCCUCAUCAGCAUGGCCUACGGACAGAUCGGAAUGAUCCAGGCGCUGGGUGGCUUCUUCACCUACUUCGUGAUCCUGGCAGAGAACGGCUUUCUGCCAUCGCGGCUGCUCGGAAUCCGCCUCGACUGGGAUGACCGGACUAUGAAUGACCUGGAGGACAGCUACGGACAAGAGUGGACCUACGAGCAGCGGAAGGUGGUGGAGUUCACCUGCCACACGGCCUUCUUCGCCAGCAUCGUGGUCGUGCAGUGGGCUGACCUCAUCAUCUGCAAGACCCGCCGCAACUCAGUCUUCCAGCAGGGCAUGAAGAACAAGAUUCUGAUUUUUGGACUCCUGGAGGAGACAGCAUUGGCUGCCUUUCUGUCUUACUGCCCAGGCAUGGGUGUGGCCCUCCGCAUGUACCCACUCAAGGUCACCUGGUGGUUCUGUGCCUUCCCCUACAGCCUCCUCAUCUUCAUCUAUGAUGAGGUCCGGAAGCUCAUCCUGCGGCGUUAUCCUGGUGGUUGGGUGGAGAAGGAGACAUACUACUGAGCCCACUGGAAGAAGAACCAGGCAUGCGAAAGAUGGGGUGCUCUGGAGGUGUUGUAGGGGAUGGAGAGGGAUGGAAAAGAGUGGGGUGAGAUUUGGGGGUAGAUUGGGGAAGACAGGAUGAGGCAAGUCAGCAGGCUAAGUCAGGAGAGGUGCGUUUAUAUCAGCCUGGGGUGACCCACAGACCUCACUGUGAUCAAUCAUCCCUCCCCAGAGCCUUUUCCAGCCUACUCCACCGUGCUACUUUUCCUGAGAAACUGAGAAUACCCCAGCCCCACGUGUGCCUUCUCUUUUCACUUCCACCUCCUGUUCAAACUGAUCAAUAUCCAAAGUCAGAUGUCCAUCCAAUCUGGGAGAAGCAGGUCUCUCAGGUCACCACCAUGUCCCCUUUCUCUCUAGCUUCACUCAACUUCCCACUUACACCCCUCCCCUAGCUUUCUUCCUGAUUUUGUCCCCUAAUGGGGGAGGGGGUCCCUAACCAGCCCCAAAACAGGCCCUGAAAUGACAGAAGGUUCUCCUUGUGAGUACAAGAACCUGAGACCAGAAGAGGCAACUAGUUGGAGAGCCAAGACCAUCUCCUGGUCAAGGCUGAGAGA